CAGGGCAGGUGGCGAGCGCCAUUGCCAUCCGCCGCUCUCCGCCCCGUCCCGAGCAAAACCCGCGCCCCUCCGCCUCGUGCUCCCCCUUCCCCUCCGCCCGGCGCCCGUUUUACCGCGGCGGCCAGCCCAGCCCAGCAUCGUCGGCUCCAGUGCUCCACUCCACACGCAAACGCCUCCCAGGGGGCGACGGAAAAGCCGCCGCGGCCCCCAUCAGGGCUGAAACGGAACCUCGCUGCGGCGCCAAGCAAAGCGCGACGACACGGGGCGGGGCCGGGGCUUUUGGGGAGUAGGCGGAUGAGAUGGCGCUGCGGCGCAAGGGGAGGUCGGCGGGGCGGCGGGCGGCUGUGUGGUGGUGGCUGCUCUCCCUCGCCGGGGCCGGCGCCGCCGUCACCGCCGCGGCCGCGCUGCUCGCCGUCGCGCUCCACGUCUCCUCGUCCGCCUCCGCCGGCUCGCCCUACCGCCUGGCCAAGCAGCCGCGGGAGGCCGAGGAGCUGCGCUGGGAGCAGGAGUUCGCGCCGCCGCAGCUCGCCUCGCCGCACGCGCGUAAGCUGGACGGCGCGGCCGAGGACGCGCCGGAGAAGAGGCUGUGGCUGCCGGCCCCGUCGCGCCGGUUCGUGCCCUGCGUCUCGCCGUCGCUCGAGUACAGACGUCCGGAUGCAUCCAGGGGGUACCUGCUCGUACACACCAAUGGCGGGCUCAACCAGAUGCGCGCCGGGAUCAGUGAUAUGGUCGCAGUUGCACGUAUACUCAAGGCUACACUUAUAAUCCCAGAACUUGAUAAGAAAUCGUUUUGGCUCGACAAAAGCAACUUUUCAGAUGUCUUCGAUGAAGACCACUUUAUACGUUAUUUGGCAAACGAUGUGAAAGUUGAGAAAAAGUUGCCAAAGGAAUUGGUGAAAGCACCAAAAUCUGUUAGGUACUUCAAGAGUUGGUCUGGAGUAGAUUAUUAUCAGGAUGAGAUUUCUCCACUAUGGGAGCACCGUCAGGUUAUUCGAGCUGCUAAAUCAGAUUCACGCCUUGCAAACAACUUCCUCCCUCCUGAUAUUCAAAAGCUUCGGUGCCGGACCUUUUUCCAGGCACUUAGAUUUGCUCCACCAAUUGAAGCUUUAGGCCAUCUAUUGGUGGAGAGGAUGAAAGCAUUUGGACCAUACAUUGCUUUGCAUUUACGCUAUGAGAAGGAUAUGCUUGCUUUUAGUGGGUGUACGUAUGGUCUGUCAGAGACCGAAUCAGAGGAGCUUGCAAUGAUCAGAGGAAACACAACCUACUGGAAGGUGAAAGACAUUGAUCCAUUAGAACAAAGAUCACAUGGUCAUUGUCCCCUGACGCCAAAGGAAGUCGGAAUGUUUCUUUCUGCCCUAGGAUAUCCAUCAAGCACUCCAGUUUACAUAGCUGCAGGGGAGAUAUAUGGAGGUGAAUCUCAUAUGGUCGAUUUGCAAUCCCGAUUCCCAAUUCUGAUGAACAAGGAGAAACUGGCCUCAGCUGAAGAACUGCGACCGUUCAGCCAAUACGCUUCUCAAAUGGCAGCUUUGGAUUACAUCGUUUCAGUGGAAAGUGAUGUAUUUAUCCCAUCACAUUCCGGGAACAUGGCGCGGGCUGUUGCCGGUCAUCGGCGUUUUCAUGGCCACAGGAAAACAAUCAGUCCUGACAGGAAAGCAUUAGUUCAUUUGUUUGAUAAAGUUGAUAGUGGAUUACUCGAUGAAGGCGAAAGGCUAUCACAAAAGAUAAUAGAGAUGCACCAAAAGAGACAAGGUUCUCCUCGGAAACGGAAAGGUCCCGUAUCAGGAACAAGGGGCAGCGACAGGUUUCGGUCAGAGGAGGCAUUUUAUGAGAACCCUCUUCCUGAUUGCUUGUGUCAAUCAAAUGAUGAUACUAUCGUUAACAUUUAAUCACGGCCAUGGAGUUAACCGGUCUUCGCCGCCCCUGCCCCUCUGGCCACCAUUCCCAGGUACAUAGAGCAAAGGGAGGUGCAUACUGAUAAAGUUCAACAGUAUUAGAGCUUCUGCUUAGCUGACAUUACGGUCCAACGAUUCGUUGGCACAGACGGCCCAGCUCUCUCUUCCAAAGAACAAGUGCUUGCCAAAUGUAUCAAUGAAUCAAAGAUAUUCGGAGCGGCUGUACAGCGGUUUAGAUGUAACUGCAGCUUGUAAGCUUGGGUAGUAUAAUUAUUACCUUGUACUCCCUCUGUACAUAAAUACUUGUAGUUGAGGAGAACUAGUCUAAUUCUCCCCAACUACAAGUAUUUAGGUACAGAGGGAGUAAGUAGGACUAAUAAAGAGCAGAGGAUAGUUUCUGUUGAAACAUCUCAACUCUAGUAGUAGCUCCCACUGGGGAUAGUUUCUGUUGAACUUGACACAUCACGAUAUCAGCAUGAGGAUGAGGAUGUUCAGAACACGGCUGUGCAGGGCUUUAGAUGUAGCUGCAUUUGUAAGCCUGGUAGUCAUUAGUUGCCUCUUGUGUAAGUGAAACCAAUACAAAUACAAAUAUAAUAAGAGGAAUGGGUGAAACAUGCCGAAUUCCUAGCUGGGUAUUUCUGAAUGAAAGUUGGAGCUUGGAGGAA